UAAAUAUGUAUUUUUCAGAAAAUUAAAUUGCACAAAAUGGCCGCCGAAGGACAAAAUUAUGUUGCCACAGUAGUUAGAGACGAUUUUUUCAAUGAUCCUUUUUUCAAGGACUGGUGGGGGGACUUUGAUGCUCCCAUGGCUCAAAUGAACAAAAAUAUGGAACGUCAAGUUUCAGAGGUUCCAGCAAGGAGAGGGCUCCUUGACUCCUUCUUUGCUCUCCGUGAUGGAAGAGAAGGGUUUUCCUCCCAUUCCUCCUCCUCCAGCUCCGCUGCUAUGCAGCUGAAGAAUGGAAAAUUCAGCGUUGAACUUGAUAUCCAGGAUUUUGAUCCAGAGGACUUGGACAUCAAGGUGGAGAAUGGAUUCAUUCUGGUCACUGGUAAGCAUGAAGUUCAACGUGGGAACAGUGUUAGUGUUCGACAAUUUAACCAGCGAUUCCCUGUUCCUCAAGGUAUAGAUAUAUCUCAGAUGGGAACUGAAGUCACUAUGGCUGGUAGGCUCAUAAUAUCUGCUCCUAAGUUAAAGAAUCAGGAGAUGGAGAUUGCCGAGAAAGGAGAGGUUGAAUCAACUUCGUCUGCCGAAGCCAAGAAGGUUACUUCAGAAGCAGCCUUUGAAGUUGAAGGAGGAAAAGGAUCAACUAAGACUGUGGAGGAUUCUAAGAAGAAACAAGAACAAAAGUUGACGCGGAGGGAGACAGAGGAUGGUUGGGAAGAGGAGAUCAUAGAAGAAUACGAAGAAGAAGUAACAACAACAUCAUCCACCACAACUGUAGCAUCUUCCGAUGCAAGUGGAGUAAAAAUGAUCCCUAUGAUGAUCCAAGGUGCUGCAGGAGGAACGCAAACAGUUGAAAUGGCCUCUUCUCAGCAAAAUAUAAAAGCUAAAGAUGGAAAAAUAAUUGAAAUGCAGAAGACCUCAGACAAAAAAACGGAAACAAAGGAAAUGGUCAUUCCUAUUCAGAUUCAAGGCAGGCCAGCAAUUGAACAAAAGGUAAAGACACCACGACCAAGGAUGCUUCCUUUUGAAUUUCCAUCUCUGCCAUCAUUGUCCAUGCCAAGUUUGGACAUGCCUAGCAUGGGAAUGAUGGACAUGGGAAUGCAAAACUUUAACAUGCCAAUGCACAGUGCAUCAGACAUGAUGGCUCAAAUGCAAGCCCAAAUGCAGCAGCAAAUGGCAAGCAUGCAGCAUGCCACCAUGCAGCAGAUGCAAAUGCAGAUGCAAUCAGCAGGAACAAUGCAUCAACAGCAAAUGGAAAAACAACAGGCAAUGUCCUCUGUACAUCAACAAUCUUCUAUCCAACAAACUCAACAACAAACAAUGGAAUCUGCUCAGGAAAUGAUGCACCAAGACUUUUUUGUCCCAUUAAAGCAAAUAAACAAAGUCAACAAAAAUGCCUUAUCUGAGGCCACUGCCAUGGCUAAGAUGAGGGAUGGUAUGUUUGAGCUGGUUGUAAACAUCCAAGGGUUUGAGCCUGAAGAUGUACAGGUCUUCUGUGUGGACCAAGCAGUUUUUGUUAAAGCAGAGCAUAAGACCCAUGAAGGAUUUGUUUCCAACCGAUAUGAGCAGAAAUUUAAUAUGCCUGAUGAUGUAGAUAUGAUGAAACUAACCUCAGGUAUGUCCAGAGAUGGAAUUCUAAUGAUUCGUGUUCCAAAAAGAGCCACUCCAGAAAGAAUUAUUCCCAUUAAGAAAGAAGUGCAGAUUGAGGCAGUGAAGAAAGCUCUAGCCCAGUGCAUGCAAUCUUCUUUUGAAUUCACAGAAUCCUCUGCACAAGAGAUUCACACUGAGCUUCAAGAAAAGAAUAUUGUUCCAAUGAAUGUAGAAAAACCUGAAGAUGCCAUUAAAGCAGCAUCUGCAGAGGUUAUUGAGGCAAUGACUAUUGGCAUAUCUGAAGCGUUGGGUGCAGAAGCAGGUGAACUUGCUGGUGCAAAGGCAGGUUAUGUGGCUGCACAACAAUCUGUGGCACAAGCAGUAGAAGUUGCAUUGAUUGAAGCAAUCACUCAGAUUGGUAUGGAGCUAGCAGGUGAAGCUGGUAUUAAAGCAGCUCUUGCAGCUGCCUUAGAUAUUGGAAAAACUGUUGGAGCCAAGGUUGCUGGAGAUUUAGGUGCAGAAAUUGGAUCUGAAGUUGGCCGUGUCGCAGGCGCACAGGCUGCUAGUAUUGCUGGUGCUGAAGAAUUGGCAAAAAUGGAUCUUUCGACUGUUACAGAAGAAAAGGCAGCAGAAUUAAAACCUUUGUUUGAAGAAAUUGGCCAAAAGGUUGGAGCAUCAGCAGGAGAAAACUCUGGAAAAGAUGCAGGUAGCAAUAUUGAUCCUACUUUGCCUAUUAAAGAAGCCCUUGCAGCUGCUAUUCAAGCUGCAGAAAAGGCAGCCCUCCAGGUACGUGAUUCAGUUGACAAUGUCCUGGCAGAUGUAGAAAGUCUAGGGGCUCUUGCAGGAGAAGAGUCAGGAAAAGAAGCAGGUGCAGUUGCAGGAGAAUCUUUGGCUGUCAAGAAAGCUGUAGAAUUAGCUACUUCAGCAGCUGUGGAAGUUGUCUUUUCUAUACUUGGUGAAAAGGGUGCUGAGAUGGGGAAAGCUGUAUCAGCAAAAGUUGCUGAAGAGGUUGCAAGAAAGCUGGGUAAGGAUCUUGGUGGAACAGCUGGUUUUGCAGCAGGAAGAUUUGCUGGAUCAAAGGCAGCCUUGGAUGCUGCAAAAGCAGAGGUUGCCAAGGUUGAUGUUGCCAAGCUUUCUCCAUCAGAAGCAGAAGCUCUGAGAAACAAAAUAAAUGACUUGGCUAAAACUGUUGGGAGACAAGCUGGAGCUGUUGCAGGUAAGGAGGCAGGAGAAAAUAUUGAUAUCCAGGCAAUCAUAAGUGAAGCAGUUACUGAAGCAAAGAAAGCGGUUGAAGCUCAAGCUUUGGAUAUCAAGGCCUUUGAGACAAUGAGUGCAGAUGUUGCACAAGAAGCAGGACAGGCUGCAGGUGAACUAUCUGGAACAGAUGCUGGAGGAAUAGCAGGAAUGAAGGUUGCUGUUGAUGCAGUUUUAGCUAAAACUAUUGCAGCUGCUGAAAAACUUGGAGCAGAUCUUUUUGGUGAUGCAGGGGCUAAAAUUGCAAAGGAAGUUGCAGAAGUCACUGCAAGACAGGCUGCAAUGCAGUUAGGCCAAGAACUAGGACAAGCUGCAGGAAAAAUUGCUGGCAAAGAAGCUGGGGCAGUUUCUGGUGCAGCUGUUGGCAAAGCUGAGGCUUCAAAGCAUAAUAUUCUUGUUAUGUCUACUGCACAAGUAGAAGAACUGAAAACUAAGCUGAAAGAUAUGGGUUCUCAGGCAGGAAAAGAUUCUGGUGUAAUUGCAGGAACGGAAGCAGGAUCAAAGAUUGAUCUGAACCUUAUAGAGGCUGAGGUGAUGGCUGCAACUCUAAAAGCUGUAGAACAAGCUGUACAAAUGUCAAAGGCAUCUGAACAGGCAGCAGAAGUGGCACAGUUUGAAAAAAUGGCCAUUGAAUGUGCAAGAGAGGCUGGAGAGAAAUCCGGUGAAGAGUUUGCACUUGAAAACGCUUUUACUUUAGUUGAUGACUUCAUUAAGUUGAAUGUGGACAAGGUUGCUGAAGAAUCAGGCAAAGCCAAGGGUGCUGAAAUUUUUGGAGACUUUGGUGGAACUAUAGGCGCAGAAGCAGGUUUGUCUGCAGGAAGAAAAACUGGUCUUGAAAUGGCCAGAAAGAUGAUUGCUGAACUGGUUGCCUCUGAAGGGAAAUUGGUUGGUGGACAAGCUGGCGAAAAGGCGGGACAAGCAGAAUUUGGUAAGCUAACUCUCAAGGAGAUGCCUAAAGAAAAGGUUGCUUUACUCAGAAAUUUGUUUAUUGAAGUUGGAAAGAAGGCGGGAAAAGAAGCCAGCAUCAGUAUUUCUCAAUCUGUCAUGAAGAAAAUAAACAUGGAGGCAUUAUUAGCAGCUGUAAAGUCAGCCUCAUCUGAAGCAGGAGAAAAAUAUGCUGUCAAAGCCAGAGAAUUCCAAAGACUUGCCACAAAGAUUGCAGAGGAGGCUGGUGGUAGGACCGGUGAAGAAAUUGGGGAGGAAAUUGGUGCUAUGACUGGUGAAGAAGCUGGUGGUGUUGCUGGUGAAAGGGUUGGACGUGAGGCUGGUCAGAAGGCAGGCCAGGAGAUUGCUGGAGAAGAUGGUGGAAAGAUUGGAGCAGAAGCUGGUGCAAAGGCUGGAAAGAAGUUUGGAUUGAAGGUAGGAAGAGAAGCAGGCCUCAAAGCAGGUCUGGAGGUUGGAAGACUUGAAGGAAGAAAAGCUGGAGGAGCUGCAGGAGCAAUUGAGGCUUUAAAACAUUUCCAGAUUGGAAUAACCAAGGAUAGAGUGGCAGCCUUGAAGAAGCUGUUUGCUGAAGUAGGAUCUUCGGCAGGUGGUGAUGCAGCUAGAAAAGUUGUUGCUGCUGCAGCAGCUAAGAGAGGUGAAGAGGAGGGUUCCAAGUUUGCUCUUGAGCAAGGUAAGAAAGCUGGGUUAGCAGCUGCCAGAAAAUUGAAGGAUGCUGAUGAUAAGAUAAUUAGUGAAGAAGGUGCUGCAGUUGGUGAACAAGCUGGAGGAGAGGCAGGAGAAAAGGCUGGAGAAGCAGAAGGAGAGAAGGCUGGUGGUGAUGAAGCAGGGCGAGUAGGAGGAGAUGAAGGAGAAAGAAUUGGACGUGAAAUUGCAGGAGAAGAGGGGGCAAAGCUAGGACGAGAAAUUGGUGCAGAGGUGGCAAGGUUGGCUGGAAUGAAAAUGGGAAGAAAGUUAGGAAAAACCAUUGGGGCUAAAGUUGGACGAACAGCAGGCAAAGCUGCAGGCAUUCAACAUGCCUCUCUCAUAGCUCUUGAAAUUUCAAGAGAGAAGGUGACAGCAAUGAGGAAGAUGUUUGCUGAAAUUGCAGCAAUAUCUGGUGCAAGUGCUGCUGUAAAGGCUGCCAGAGCUGAGGUUAUGAAAGCUGUUCAAGACAUUGCAGUCCGAGCUGCUGUUAAGGCUGUAAGAGAAAAACUUCUGGCAAUGGCAUCUCAAAGAAAAUUACAGCUGAGCAACUCAUGGAAACCAACAGCACUCAUUGCAGUCAUCAAUGCAAGAUCUGAUCUGUCAGAUAUGGACAAGAUUAAACUUGCCGCCAAGGCCAAGAUGGAGGGCAAUCUUGGAGAUCUCCUACCUCAGAGAUUUGCUGCUGCUGGAAGCCUCAGAGAUAAAGAUGACCAGCUGGCGGGAAAACUGAAGUUUCAGGAUACAAACACCACUGAGAAUACUGAAAACGUGGACAAUACAGAAAAAUGGAAAACUGUGGUUUUCUCAAAUCUUCCAGAUGAUCCAUCAAAGAAAGAACGAGACAUGUCAAAAGAAAAAGUUUCAUCACUCAAGCAACGAUUUGAAACAAAGAAUAUGAAGAAUAAUGAAGCAUAUGUAAUUAUGUAAUCAUGUAAUUAAGUAAUUAUACACAGAGCUAUUAUAAAAGAAGCGGAAGCACAAAAAUUGCAGACCACAUUUUGGAAAUCAAAAAUACUUAUUAAUCUAUAGGCUACCAGCUGAAUGCCGCAAACUUAUAUUUCAAAGGUCAAAGACGACUUUCAGUCUUUUCUCAAUUGUUAAGAAAUUCUGCUUCUUUUAGAUUAACACUGAACAUGUACAUAUUAUCAACUCUCUAAUUUCUGCCUGUACAUAUAUAUUUUUAACAAACAGAACUAUAAGUAGUAUUUAUUAAAAAAAUAAUGUAUUUA